ACCAUCGUUGAGAAAUUCUAUAUUCUGUCAUACGCCAUCAAUGUGCCGGUGAAGAAAUAAAUAAUUUUGACUGUUUUUGGUGCGCAAGCGAUUUAAAUGGCAUUGAAGGUAAUCGUAUUGUCGAAGUAAAAAAGUGAAUCGAACGCUUCAAAAUGAGUGACGUGAAGAACGAUAAAGAUAUAGAAGCUACGGUCCAGGGCACAAACGAUUAUGUGCUUCACCUUCCACGUCCGCUCACUAUUGAAGAAAAGAAAUAUCUAUUGACUGUAGAGAGAGGUGAUUUGUCUAACGUGAAGAGGCUUCUACAGCUUGCAAACAAAAACAAGGUAAAACAGCUAGACGUGAAUUGUGUAGAUAGUUUGGGUCGUGGUGCUCUCACGCUAGCCAUAGAGGCGGAACAUUUAGAAAUGGUUGAGUUGCUUAUUGUGAUGGGAGUUGAGACUAAAGAUGCUCUGCUUCAUGCAAUUGAUGAAGAAUUCGUAGAGGCAGUCGAAUUGUUGUUGGAACAUGAAGAACUCCUUACGAACCAAAUAAUUGAAAAUUCUGAAAAGGAGAUCAUACACAGCUGGCAGAAGGUAGAUCCAGCAUCAGCCAGAUAUCCGAUGGAUAUGACACCAUUGAUGCUAGCAGCACAGCGCAAUAAUUACGAAAUUUUGAAACUUCUACUAGAUCGAGGAGCUACCUUGCCGAUGCCGCAUGACGUGAGGUGUGGCUGUGACGAUUGUCUUCAGGCAACCAUCGACGAUCCAUUACGGCUGUCAUCUACUAGAAUUUCCGAAUAUAAGGCUUUAGCAAGUCCAAGUUUAAUAGCUCUGAGCUCGACAGAUCCCUUAAUGACAGCUUUCCAAUUAAGUUGGGAACUUAGAGAACUGGCCAUAUCGGAACCUGAAAGUAGAGCCGAGUACUUAAAACUACGACGACAGGUAGAAAAAUUCGCUGUCGAUUUAUUGCAAUACGUCCGGACCACCACGGAACUAGAUACCAUCUUAAAUUACGAGCCAGAAGAAGAAAAUGCUAUACUUAGCAAACAACUGGCUCGCCUGGAGCAAGCUAUAGAGUAUAAGCAAAAGAGAUUCGUCUCGCAUUCUCACGUUCAGCAGCUCUUGGCAGCAAUCUGGUACGAAGGGGUUCCUGGAUUUCGAAGAAUGUCGACUCUGCAAAGAGUCGGCAUUCUUGCAAAAACAGCGGUUCUAUUUCCAUUUUAUUGUAUCAUGUAUUAUCUAAUGCCGGGAUCAAAAACGGGACAGCUUAUGCGAAGACCUUUUAUGAAAUUCUUGGUUCACGCGUCAUCUUAUUUAUUCUUUUUGUUUGUACUAAUGCUGGUAUCGCAGCGUGCAGAAGUGGAAAUCGUUAGACUCCUGGGUAGUCAGGAAAUGAAGAGAAACCUCGAGGCUUACUUGGCUCGGCAGAGAGGCGCGGCCCCUACCCCUCUUGAAGGUAUCGUUGCGCUGUAUGUUUUUGGAUAUAUAUGGGAAGAGACGAGAGAGGUUUACAUAAACGGUCUGAAGAGCUAUUUGCGGGACAUGUGGAACUUUAUCGACUUUACCAGAAAUACACUCUAUAUGGCAGUCGGCGUCCUUAGACUGGCAGCGUAUCUUCAACAGAGCGCAGAGAUACGAAUGGACCCAUCGGCCGCGCUAAUAUCAAGAGAAAAUUGGAGCGAUUUCGAUCCUCAACUGAUAGCGGAGGGUCUCUUUGCGGCUGCAAAUGUCUUCAGUGCUUUAAAAAUUGUUCAUCUUUUCAGCAUUAAUCCACAUCUAGGACCGCUUCAGAUAUCGUUAGGCAGAAUGGUAAUCGACAUCGUGAAAUUCUUUUUUAUUUACACUUUAGUGUUAUUCGCUUUCGCUUGCGGCUUGAAUCAAUUGCUGUGGUACUUUGCGGAACUGGAGAGGCAGAAGUGUUACAGUGGAAUAUCGGAUUCCUCGUGGGAUGCUGGAAGUGACGCCUGUUUAAGAUGGAGAAGAUUCAGUAAUCUGUUCGAAUCGUGUCAGAGUCUUUUCUGGGCCAGUUUCGGUAUGAUUGGCAUCGAAAGCUUCGAACUCACUGGAAUCAAGUUAUAUACUCGAUUUUGGGGCUUGUUGAUGUUUGGAUCGUAUUCCGUGAUCAACGUGAUUGUCCUGCUAAAUCUAUUGAUAGCUAUGAUGAGUAACAGCUACGCUGUUAUCGAGGAACAUUCUGACACGGAGUGGAAAUUUGCGAGAACAAAGUUAUGGAUGAGUUACUUCGAGGACAGCGGAACUCUUCCACCACCUUUCAAUAUCUUCCCACCACCGAAAUUGCUUUUCCGAUUGUUCGGCCUGCAGAAGAAACGUAUCGCUAGACGUUCUAGUCAACGUCGACGUGCACGCGAAUAUAAAUACGGUGCAGUCAUGAGAGCUUUGAUAUGGCGUUACGUUGUGAAUGCACACAGCAAACACGAAAUGGAACCUGUCACCGAAGACGAUGUUCACGAACUUAAGUCCGAUUUAUCAUCAUGGAGAUGCGAACUUCUGGACAUCUUGCAUAGAAAUGGCAUGGAUCUUGGUGACGUCGACAUAAAAGAAAAGACUGUACUGGGUAAGAAGAUGAAGGUGUGGGAGAGAAGACUCAUGAAAGACUUCCAAGUAGCAGGUCCUAUAAAUCCAGCUGACGUCGAUCUUCAAGAAGAGAUAGCUCUUCAACAACCUAAAGACGAAAACAACGUUGAGAGAUGGAAGAGAAUCGCCAGAUUAGCCGUAUUAACUUCGGCCGAACAUCGUUGGAAUCAAGUCGUAAAAAAUGCAGUUAAAAGCUCUCAAAUUGGCAAAAGCUGCAGCAAAGCAUCGCUACAGAAUCAGCAAAGUUUAAAGAGAGCCAUGGAGGAAGCAAAACGUUUGACGCAAAAGAGCCCACUAUCGUCAGAAGUGCCGGUUGAAUUGCCAGAAACUACCGCAGCGACGAUACUACAUGUGCUACACGAAAUAGUUGACGGCGAUAGCGGUGCUAAAACAUCAGGACUCGAAAUAGACAGAACUCCAAAAUCGAUUAGAAACGGCAUUGGUUCCCAACCGUUGGAAUUAAUUCUUCAGGCCAAAUCUACAUCUUCGGUCGAUUUCGUUGACGAAAAAAGGACGAAGGCCACUGCACCGUUAUUACCACUUCGUUGUUAUGACUAUUCUGUUAUUUCUUCAGGUCAAUUAUCAACUUCUGCUCAAUCCACGGCUACUCAAUCUUCGACGUCAACGAGUGCUACUCCCGUUGUUCCUAUGAUAUCCGUUACGGCUGCUGUCGCAACUUCCGCAACCGAUACAGCACUUAUGACUGCCGUGACUACUGCUACAAUAAUUACGCCCGUCACUAUGAAGACUGCAAAUACUUAUGCCAAGCCCAUCACUAUUACCACUAAUACUAUUACUGCUGCUACUACUUCUACCACUACUACCACUACUACUGCUACCAAACUUGUUGCUACUUCUACUACUACUACUGCAAAAUCCACCGUUACUGCUACCAUUUCUGUUGCUACAAGGACUUCUUCUAGCUCUCCUAUAGAAAAUCAAAGUAAAUCCACUAUCGCAUCUAUGGAUGUACCUUCAAUCAACACUAAAGACGGAAGCAGUUCGAUCAGAGCACGGCCGAAAGUUUCACAUAGUCCUAAACUUUCGAUUAUCCCGUCGUUAACAGUUACCUCAAGCUCAGACAGUAGUAAAGAUGAUGAUCGAGAGAAACUCGUAAGUAUUACAUCGCGCAGUAAAUCAUCGAGAGAAGGAUGGCUUUAAACCAAGGAGUAAUCAUUUCGAAAGAGACAGCAAUAAGAUUCUCAUAAUUAGAGUUGAUAUGAAAAUCCAUGUUUUGUAACAUUUUGUGUCAAAAAUUUAGAAACAUUAUCCCACAUCUUUCUCGAAAUUUUAAAAUCAUAA